AUGGCAGGGGAGAUUGUUCUUCCAACAGCAACAUCGGGCAUUGCUGUAGCAAACAUACCUUCUGGUAGGACAGUGCACUCAAGGUUUAAGAUUCCUCUGAAUUCAGAAACAUCUUUUGCUUGUGACGUUCCUAAACAAGGCAGCUUAGCUGCUUUAAUCAAACAAACAGCUCUGAUUAUUUGGGAUGAAGCUUCAAUGGCCAAAAAAGAAAACAUUAAAUCAGUUGAGCUUUUGCUUCUAUUUGGAGGAGAUUUUAGGCAGGUGUUGUCGGUUGUUCCUCGUAAAACUCAAAGAGAGGCUAUUGCAACAAGCCUGCUGCAGUGUACUGGAAAUGAUUUUGUUCAAGUUCCUGCUCACAUUGUGAGUUAUUAUCAAGAAGGUGAUGAUCCUAUCAAUUACCUUGCUACUACUACAUUCCCAGAGUUAGAACAUGCAACCUUAUCACAAGAUAUCUUCAUAGAGAGAGCCAUACUCACACCAUUAAAUGAUGUAGUUGACUCCAUAAACACAUUUCUUAUUAAUAAAUUCCUUGGGAACUCUGUUGCUUACAAGAGUUUUGACAGCAUGCUAGAUGAUAACUGUGCAAUUUACCCAACAGAGUUCCUAAACCAGCUUGCCCCUGGUGGUAUGACUCCACAUGAACUUGUUCUAAAAAUAAACAGCCAUGUAAUAUUGCUCAGGAACAUUGAUCCAGCAAAUAGCCUGUGCAAUAGGACACGUCUUAUAUGCAAGUCUUUCAGAAGGAAUGUGAUUGUUUGUUCUAUAGCUACUGGUCAUCGCCAAGGAGAACUUAUGUUCGUUCAUCGUGUUAAUCUCCGGCCUCCAUCAUCAGCAAAAUAUCCUAUUCAGUUUGAACAGAUACAGUUUCUUUUGAAGCUUAGUUUUGCAAUGACCAUUAACAAAUCUCAAGGGCAAACAUUAAGCCGAGUGAUAGUUUACCUACCACAGCCAUGCUUUUCUCAUGGGCAGUUGUAUGUUACGUUGUCAAGGGCCAAGCAGUCAACUAAGGUCACUGUAAUCACUCCACAACCUGCUGAUCACCACACAUCAGAAGUGCUGAAAAACGUAGUAGCAUAUGAUGUUUUGCAAUUAUCUGGCAUAAUAUGA